CCCUGCUGGAGCCCGGUGGGAGCUGCACGCCUGAUGGUCCUCGAUGCAGCAGGGCUGUGGUGGACUGGGUGGACUGGGUGUAGUGGGUGGAGGCUCAUCGGAGAAGGUUCCUGCUCUUUACCAAAUAAGGCUCAGUUUGGGGCGGGGGACACGCUGCUGCUGGGAGGAGGAGGAGGAUGAUGAUGAUGAUGAUGAUGAUGAUGAUGAGGAGGAGGAUGAUGAGCCGCGGAGUGCGCACAGACAUUCAGAAACUUUAAUCUUGUUUAAAACCCACCAAAGGAAACACAACAUCACCACACUCCCCACGAACAUGUGACGAGCAGCCAACACAGGAUCCCACGUUCAGUUUUCAAUCCUCAUCUUUGACCCCCGCUGGACGACAGAAGCCUCUGUGAACUCCGAACGUAUCCCAACAUGCCUCUGAUCGUGUUUCCCACCUCCCAGCUGCUGUGGGUGCGCCUGGCCGCCCUGUUAUUCACCUGCGUGGCUUUCAGUGCCGCGGCGCACGCCGGCUCUCUGCAGCACGGAGGCAUGGCCGACUGGUGCAUCUUCUGCUGGGCGUUCAGCUUCUCGUGCACCCUGCUGGUGCUGCUGGUGCUCCAGUUUGGCCUCCAGUCGAGAAUCCCAGUCUCCUGGUCCAACUUCCCCAUCACUAUAGCCUGCUACGCCGCCCUCCUUUGCCUCUCAGCCUCUGUCAUCUUCCCACUCUUCUACCUCAGGGACCAGCAGGGGCCCAGCGAGGCCCGUGACCAUCGCAUCGUGUCCACUGUCUUCUCCUGCCUGGCAGCGGUGGCCUACAUGGGGGAGGUGAGCUUAACUAAAGCCAGGCCGGGAGAGACGGCGGGUUACAUGGCCACGGCUCCAGGCUUGCUGAAGGUGCUCCAGACCUUUGUGGCCUGUAUCAUCUUCAUUCUCGUCAGCGACCCUGUGUCCUAUGACCAGCAGCCGGCGCUCAAGUGGUGCAUGGCCGUGUACUGCAUCUGCUUCAUCCUCUCCAUGGCUGUGGUGGUGCUGUGCGUGGGCGAGUGCACCGGCUGUCUCCCCAUCCCCUUCUCCAAGUUCCUGUCGGCAUACGGGCUCUUGGCGGUUGUCAUGUACUUGACCGCCACCAUCAUCUGGCCCGUGUUCCAGUUCGACAAACACUAUCAGGGCAGGAGCAGCGCCUCGUCCAAGCUGAUCGCUGCGUCUGUGCUCACGGGCCUCAACCUCCUGCUUUACCUCGCUGACCUGGCCUACACCGCCAGGCUAGUGUUUGUGAGCGCCUGAGAGGAAGACGUUAAGGACACACACACUCACACACACACUUACUGAUAACUGAUGUGGACUCAAACAAUUUUCUGCCUUAUUCUGCUGAGACGAGGAAAUCCCAAUAACUCGAAAGCUCACUUACAAAAUGUGUGAAUGUACGUGUGCACGGUGCAUGUCUGCGUAUUUCAAGAUAUCUGCAAAGAUGAUAUUUAACCUCUAAUGUGACUCUUGCUCAGUGUGCAACACAAGUAUAAGGUGACAGAUCUGAGAUCAGAUCUGCUGUAUUUUAUAUGAUGUGUGACACGGGAGGAUGAAGUCAGAAACACUGGAGAACACAGGAGAGCAAAAGAACACUGUCAAAUAUUUUCAUUGACAGAAAUGCCCUCAGGCACUGUUUGCUUUCUGAAGUGGAAGCCUCUGGUGCCAAACCCCCCCGAGCUGAAUAUCCUUCUUCUGAUCUUCUGUUCAUGACAGUGAAAUGUAUCAGUAUUAAACCGUGUGAAAGUUUAUGAUUUGAUUAAAGAAUUUAGUUAAACAAAUAAA